AUGCCAGGAGGUGUGGGUGGUGGUGCGGGAGGCAUGACCGGCUACGGGGGAGGUUUGGGUGGUGCCGCGGCUCCGGGAGGUGGUGGUGGUGGUUCGGGCGGUUUCGGUCCGGGUGGUGCUGGUGCGGGUGCUCCUGGGGGCGGUGCGGCUGGAGCGGGUGGUCCUCCGGGCGUUGGUGGCGUGGGUUCGAUUCCCGCCGGCGGUGCUGGCGCGGGUUCGGGUUUCCCUGCGGGUGCAGCACCCCCGGGCGCGCAGGGCAUGGGCGGAAUGGGCGCAGCGGACGCGGCCGCGCUCGCCAAUAUGAACCUCAUGAUGAUGGCGGGGAUGGGUGGCAUGGGGGGGAUGGGCGGAAUGGGCGCAAUGGGCGGGAUGGGGGGGAUGCAAGGAAUGGCGGGGAUGGGGGGCAUGCCGGGAAUGGGGGGAAUGGCGGGGAUGGGGGGAAUGGGCGGGAUGGGGGGCCCGGGGGGGGCGAUGAUGGGCGCGGGCGGGAUGGGGAUGAUGGGCGGGGGUCCGGGGGCGGGGAUGGGGGGGGGCGCGGGGAUGAUGGGCGGGCGCGCAGGUGCGCGGCAGAUCCCGGUGGUGAAGCUGCGCGGGCUGCCGUUCCGCGUGGAGGAGGGGGACGUGGCGGACUUCUUUGCGGGGCUCGAGAUCGUGGACGUUCUAUUCGUGCGCAAGGAGCAUCGCCUCGUGGGGGAAGCGUUUGUGCUCUUCGCCUCCACUCUCCACUCCGAGCUUGCACUACAGGUGGGUGGGCGCGAGGUGGGCGCGGGAUGGGCGCGGGGGAUGGACGCGGGAUGGGGGCAGGUGGGAUGGGGGCAGGUGGGAUGGGGGCAGGUGGGAUGGGGAAGGUACAUGGAGCGCAACAAGAUGCACUUGGGGCGGCGGUACAUCGAGCGCAACAAGAUGCACAUGGGGCGGCGGCACAUUGAGCGCAACAAGAUGCACAUGGGGCGGCGGUACAUCGAGGUGUUCCGCGCCAAGAAGGCGGAGUUUUACAACGCCAUCGCCAACGAGGUGGCGCAGGACGGGGGGACCUACCACGGCGGGGGCCAAGCCAACCUUUUCUCCAUCCCUUACCCCCAUCCCUACCUCCCCCCCCGCCCCUCUUUCCGCCCCCACACCCCCGACCCCCACCCCUUCGUGCUCUCCCUUCUCCCCCUUCUGGUUUUUUCUGUUCACUCGCUCACUCGCGUUUAUGCUGCUGUUUUGCCUUGUCACAGCCAACCUUCUCUGCUUACCUUACCCCUCUCCCCCCCUCUCCCCCCCUCCCCCCCCCCCCCGCUGUGCUCUCCCUUCUCCCCCUUCUGGUUUUUCCCAUUCACACAAUCACUCGCGUUUAUGCUGCUGUUUUGCCUUAAAGCAGAGUGCCGCAAUGUCAUAGCCAACUUUUCUUUUCUUCCCCCGCCAUCCUUCUUCCCCCGCCAUCAUUCUUCCCCCCCUCCCCGUGCUCUCCCGACUCCCCAUUACACCUUUGUUGCUUAUUCUGCAGAAGAUAGAGGGGGGCGGGGGGAGCGGGGGUAUGGGGGCGAGGGCAUGGGCGGGCAUGCACAUGCGGCCUAUGGGGGAGGCGGAGGGGGAGGGGGAGGGGGAGGGCGCGGGGCCGAGGGGGGAAUAGGCCCCGCAGCGCGGGAAUCAAGUAUUGUGAAGAUGAGGGGUUUGCCGUUCUCCGCCACUAGUAAGGACAUUCUCGAAUUCUUUGGCGAGUACCCUCUGGCAGACGCAGCAGUGCACAUCAUCACCAACAGUAUCGGCCGCCUCACAGGGGAGGCCUUUGUGGAGUUUGGCUCCACGGAUGAGGCGAGGGCGGCGCUGGGCAAGGACCGGGAGCGCAUGGGCACGAGAUAUAUCGAGCUUUAUUUGUCGUCGCGGGAUGAAGCGACAAGGAUAGCCACGCGGGCGAGCACUCAGAGAUGA